GGCGGCGCUCUUCGUAUUACAAUCAUUGUUGCAAACAUCAAAUAAUCACUCAUCACAUCAAUAUUUCCCUCGCUUUUUUCACUUUGCAUAUCAGCAUCUUAAUCACUCUCACUAUCACUUCAAUCGAGAUCAAAUCUCUGGGUUGCUGCAUUCACUAACACAUAAUCUCAAGAGCUGAUCUUAGCAAUACUUCCACCAUUCCCAGUGAAGUACGCAUCGGGGAUCUAUCUACCAGACCGAAGACAAAGACUAAUAGAAGCAGAAUCAUUUAUCUGUUUUGAGCAUGGCAUGCAAUUACAAUUCCUUUGGAUGGAUGUCCAGCUGGGAGCUUUCAAAAGCUCGUGAAGAGCCUAUUGCUGUCAUUGCUGUCAAAGACUUGCAAUUGCAGGUCUUAGCUGGAGCCGAUGGGUGGAAUCAGACUCCAUGUUCAGAACAACCAGCUCUCAUAACGGUGUUCGUUUCUUUACGACGGCCUUUCAAGAAGGCAUCUGAAGAUGAUGACAUUGCAGGGGACACUAUUCAUUAUGGUCUCAUCAAAAUAGCAAUUAUCGACGCUGUCAAGGCUUAUCAUUUGAACAGUGAAGCACCUGACUUUCCAACCGAACUUUCCAUGAAGUCAAUCUGUGUAUCCAUCAUUUCUCAUCUCACCAAUCGCAACAUUGUUGCAGGCAAGAAAAUCAAUUGGAGCGCGGUCAGAAUCAUGCUUCCAAAAUCAUCUUUACGAGGAUCUGGUGCCAGUCUUACAGCACAAAUGAUUUACAAAGAACCUUCGUUAGAGGACCAGGAAGCAGGCGACUCGCGCAGACUUGGUCUUACCGGAGAAAGUUGUACCCUUCGACUACACGACCUUAUAGUUCCCACCAUAAUUGGCUUAUUGCCAAAAGAGCGCACCAUGAAGCAGAAUGUGGUUGCGAAUAUUGAGAUAGAUAGAUGGAUUAGCGGGGGGGAUCUUCAUUGGGAAAUGCAGCAGAUCGCUGUGAAGACGAUAGAAGAAUCAUCAUUCCAAACAUUGGAGGCACUGGCAGAGCACAUCAUCACAAAUAUCAUUCGACACUCUUUGAUCCCUACCAUCAUGAAACUAUCCUUUUCAAAAGACGGUUUGGAUGAGCUUGCUGAUGAUUAUAAAUACGUUCCGUGGAAGGAGACGCGUGUAUUCAAAUUAUGUCCAAUUGUUAAGAUCAAGCUCGAAAAACCGGGUAUAUACAUUGACACCACACCAGGUGUUGAAAUGAGCAUGGACAUGCGACCCUCAUGUGACUCAGCAUACUUUAAUCUGUGGGAUGGGUACAAGAGGUUGCGUUUAUGUCCACGUCCCCUCAUAGGCACGCUCGCGGACUGGAUUGCACAGGAGCACCCUAAACUAAAUGGCGGAACACUGUCAAGUCUAGUAGAGAUUAACCGAAAGUUGGAUGGUUCAAACCCCAAUCUUGCCAGGGCCCCCCAAGAUAUAAAGGAAAUCACUGCUCAGCCAGGAGAGCACUUAGAAAAUCCACAGGAUGGAGAAUCAUCAAGGUUAGAUCUUAAUCAAAAGCUGGAUGGCUCCCGAACUGACACCUCCAAAUACAAUGACACUGCGGAAGGCACUGUUGCUCCGCCUAAGGAAAUCCCGGAAUCCCUAAAGUUUGGAGAGCCGUCACUUUUUAGAGACUUUGAUCGAAAGCUCAAGACUUUGCAAGGGAACAUCACUCGACUUCGAAAAACCACAGGAGAAAUCAUGGCUAAACCAAGAGAACUGAAUGAUAGAGAGUCUUCAACGUUGGUAGAAAUUGGCCAAGAGCUGGAUUCCUUCAGAGAGGACGUCGGCGACUACCAAAAAAGAAUACAGGAAAUGGCUAUUCAGUAAUCAUCUUCUGCAUCUAGGAAGUUGUAGAUGAGAAGCUGCGGGGUAGUUAAUGAUUUUUUGUCAACAUGGUGUUUCUGGGAGUCAACCUUCAAAAUUUGGACCAGAGAAUUAUGAAAGGUGGCGCCAACAUUGAAGUUGGGUUAGGCGACAACGGAUUAAAUGGAAAAUGUAUGGAGUUGACAGAGGUAUUUCUUUUCGUUAAGAGUCAGCAUUCACAGUUUAUUUUGGGUUGCAUAAAUUCCUCGAGAACAUUUGAUCAUGUUGAGGACUAGCGUUGUACACAUUACUGCAUUGGAAUUGACAUCUUUUUAUCAACGAAGCAUUCAAAUUUGAAACUAAAUUUCUCGA